GUCUCGCAAACUCUCGCUCACCAAACGCGAAAAGUUCCUCUUCCGGUUUGAGGCCAUCACUACCCGUCAAAAUGUUGAUGCCCAAAAAGAACCGUGUGGCUAUCUAUGAAUACCUUUUCAAGGAGGGGGUUAUGGUUGCAAAGAAAGAUUUCUUUGCUCCUAAACACCCUGAUGUUGAUGUGCCCAACCUCCAUGUCAUCAAAGCUUGCACAAGCUUAAAAUCAAAGGGCUUUGUGCGAGAACAGUUUGCAUGGCGCCACUUCUACUGGUACUUGACUAAUGAAGGUAUCCAGUAUCUGAGGGAUUUCCUUCACCUGCCAGCCGAGAUCGUCCCUGCCACACUGAAACGCCAGACCCGACCAGAGACGGCAAGACCUAGGCCAAAGGCUGCUGAGCCAGGCGGCCGACCCGGGAUGGACCGCGACAGGCAGGAGUACAGAAAGGCAGGCCCACCCGGCGCCGGAGACAAGAAGUCAGAUGUUGGCGCCGGUGCCACGCAGGAGUUCCAGUUCAGAGGUGGCUUCGGUCGCGGUCGGGGUGGUCCACCAAGGGAAUAGACACUUGUACAUGUAAUAAACUUCUGGUGGGAA